AUGAACCCCUGUACUCAGAACACUGUAACCCAGACCCUGUACUCAGACCCUGUACCCAGAACGCCUGUACCCAGACCUGUACCCAGAACCCUGUACUCAGAACCUGUACUCAGAACCUGUACUCAGAACCCAGAACCCCUGUACCCAGAACCCUGUACCCUGAAACCAUGUACUCAGACCCUGUUACUCCAGAACCCUGUAUCAGAACCCUGUACCCAAGAACCCCUUGUACCCUGUACUCAGAACCCGUACCCUGAACACCUGUACCCAGAACCCUGUUACCCAGAACCCUGUACCCUGAACCCUGUACUCAGAACCCAGAACCCUGUACCAGAACCUGUACUCAGACCCUGA